AUGUGUGAUCCAACUGGCGUUCACAUAACUCGAAUCUAUGUCAAUUGUUCUCGACAAAGUCCUUCUCCAAUUCGUCGAACAAAUACAGUUCCUGUAUGUACAUCAACACCAAUAAUUAAUGUUGGAUCAUCUGAUCCAAAACAACAAAUGGCUUUACUUGCAAAAGAAAUUCUUAAAUCACAACGUUCAACAGAUACAUUUAUACAAAAAUCUGAUUCACCUAAACAACAAAUGCCUAUGUAUAAUAAAGAAAUUCUUAAACCACAAUAUUCAUCCGAGACAUUUAUUCUAAAAUCUGAUUCACCAGAAAAACACAUGGCUUUAUUUAAUAAAGAAGUUCCAAUGUCUCAAAAUUCUUCGGAUAUAUCUAGUCCAAAAUCUGCUUCACCAAGAAAAUAUGAGGAAUUUGCAUUUUUCUCAAAAGAAACAGGUCAAAAAAUUGAUUUCAAUACUGGUGAUGGUAUUGCUAAAGUGGCUGUUAUCAAUACAGAAACUAUAACAAAAAAGACAAAAAAAACGCGUCAAACACUUGCUGUUGUACCACCACCACAAAAAUCAAAUCGUUCAUCGAAAUCAAGUGACGAUGGAGAUUAUUUAGUACCAAUGACUAAUAAAGUACAAUCAUCAAAUAAAAACGAAAAAACAAAUUUUACGUCUUAUGAUGGUAUACAAAUGUUUCAAUUUACAUUAGAUGAUGGUUAA